AUGCCACCGGAAAAGCUAAAUUUAUUGUUGCUGCAGAUUCCGACGCUUGCUUUGGCAAUUUGCGGCUUUCUCCUCGUUUGGGUCUCUUUGGCAACACCUGCCUGGCAAGUAACUUAUGCAAGAGAGAUUCAACAAUGGGUGCAAAGUGGUCUCUGGAUGAACUGUCAAACAAGACCAGCCGGGAUGUACACAUGCACAUACACCUUCAGCUCAUAUGAUUACGAUUUCAUGUCGGCUGAACUCGUCAACCAGAGAACUCCACCGUUUUACUUAUGGCAACGAGUUCUCCUUCAUAUCUAUUUGGGCGCUCAAUUGACGGUUUUGCUGGCGUUUAUCUCAUUUUGUGUAUCGAAUUCGCACUCAACCUCUCGAAAGUGCUCAACGGUUUUGUUCAGCGCACUACUAGGAAUUGCUACUUUAAUAUGUGCUGGAUGUCUCCUUGUUUUCUCGGCUUUUGCUCAUAUGGUCAAAUAUCGUUUCUACACAGUUUCCGUCUCAGGAAUUUAUGAUAAACAUCAUGGUUACUCAUUUUAUCUAAAUCUCGUUGGCACGAUCUUCUAUUUUCUUGCUUUUGUUCUUUCAUUGCUGUAUGUGUUCAAAGCGUUGAGGGGUGAUCGAUACGGGUAUGCUGGAUCAAGUCUGCACACAAUCACCGGAUAUAGAGAGACGGGUUCGGUCUCGUCGCAUUUCUCUACCACGAGCCCGUCAUGGCCUCAUCAUUUCAGAGCGAUGACUACCGUU